CACUCCACUUGCUGAUUCUCUUCUCUCUCUCUCUCGGGCCAAGUAAUUAAUCCAGUUCGUGCGGGAGAUCGCAAAAGCUCUAUCGAUCGAUCGAUCGGUACAGUUAAGCUUCACCUUUUGCGUUGCGUGGAGGGGAGCGUGACACUACCAGAAUACUGGUAGUGGCAGUCGCUACUACGUCCACAUCCUUUUUGUUGUUACAAGAUUGGUGGUAGCUUUUCUUUUUUUUUCCACUGACCUGUAGCUGUACAUCCGGCGCAUAAUUGCCGGGAACGCGUGCUGCUAGUCUUUAGCUGGGUUAAGUGUUGUGGAGGGGGGAGACGACGUCGUCGUCGGCGGCGGCGGCGGCGGGACAUGGGAGCGCACACCAGGUCGAUGAGCUGGUACAUGGGCACGCCGAGCUCGCCGGGGACGGGGAGCGGCAGCAGCACCGGGGAGGCGCAGCACGCGCUGAGCAGCAGCGGCGGCGCGGGAGGCGGCAGCGACGCGAGCUUCGACACCAACAUGGUGAUCAUCCUCGCGGCACUGCUCUUCGCGCUGCUGUUCGCGCUCGGGCUCAACUCGCUGGCGCGGCUCGUCAUCCGGUGGGCGCGGCGGGCGGCGUCGGCGCGUGGGGGAGGGGGCGGCGGCGAGGAGGGGGCGGGGGGAGGAGCCGGCGGGCUGAAGAAGCGCGCGCUCAGGAGCAUCCCCAUCGAGGUGUACGGCGGCGGGGAAGGCCCCACCGCCGCCGCGGAGGUGUGCGCCAUCUGCCUCGGCGAGUUCGCGGACGGCGAGAAGGUGCGCGUGCUGCCGCGCUGCGGCCACGGCUUCCACGUCCGCUGCGUCGACACGUGGCUCGUCUCCCACGACUCCUGCCCCACGUGCCGGGGCUCCGUCCUCCACGGCGCCACCACCAAACACAAAACCACCGCCGCGGCCGCGGCCGCCGCCGCCCCCGAGGGCAGCCGGCGGCCGGGGAGCGAGGGCGACGCCGUCACGGUGGUCAUCGCAUGACGGGGCAGCUGGGCCCCGCAUCCCCCGAUGCCUGUGGGCCCCGUGUAAGCGUAGCAUAUCCAUUGUAAAAAAUCUCCUUCCUUGUUUUGGACUAUGUAAAAAAAUCUGCUGGGCCAUGCUAUGGGCCAUGGCCGUGAGAUAUUUUCGACGGGUUGCUGUGGAGAGGAGGACGGGUGGGCCCCGCUCGUCUCUCCAGUUUGUAGGUCACGGUCAACCGUCCAUUCGAUUUUCGGUCUUGCUAGCAGGGGCAUCCGCUGUGGAGAGAUAUAUAUAUAUAUACCGUGUUUUCUUUGGG